UAACGUACAAACAAAAAAAGACAAAACUCAAAAGGAAAUAUGGAUGGUAUGGAAUAUGAAUUAGCUCGUAAUAUGACUUUAUUAUUUUUCUUGGAACGUUUAUUGGAUCGUGGUGGUGCACGAAGUCUUCAUGAUUUAUCAUGCCAAUUUGGUGCAAAAGGAUUUACCAAAGAGAUGCGGCAAAUUGCUGGUGGCUCACAAAGUGGUCUGAAAAAAUUCCUUUCACAAUAUCCAUCUUUGUUUAUGAUCGAUGGUGAUUACGUCGAUGUAAAUUCGUUUACAACAAAGGAUAAAGAUGAUUCAAUACCAGGAUCUAAAGUAUCUGGUAAACGAGAUUAUGCAGCUGAAGCAGUUGAUUAUUUUUCAAAAAAAUUGAUUCAAUAUGGUCCAAAUACAGAGGUACCAAUUAAAAGUCUUUUGGGACAUAGGAGUCAAGCUAGCCCUGAAGUUAGACAUAUAUCAGGUCAACAUAUCAAAGAAUUUCGUGAUUUCUUAUUAAAAUUUCCCGAAACAUUUGAUGUGGUUGAUGAAAAUGUAAUUUUAAGAAAUUUCGAUGAAAACCAAUAUCAAGAAUUCCGUAACACAUUACCAUCGGUUACAAUUGAUCCAUUUGUUACACAAAAAUUAUUGGAUUUUUUUGCUCAAUGUAUAGAAAUCAAAGGUCCAAUAUUAGUGGAUCAAUUGUUUCAUUUGGUAACAUCAAAAUUUCCACAAGAUCAAUGGUCACAUAUGUUCAAAACAUCACAAGACUUGACAACAUUUUUGAAAAUGUUCUCUGAUGCUUUUCAUGUUCAAUCAAAUUUAAUCACAUUAAUACAACGACCGAAACUUGAUUUACGAUUAUUUGCUGAACAAAAGAAUAAUAACUUAGGAGUAGUAAAACCCGUACAACCAACGUAUGAACGCACCCAAUCACCACGAAAUCACGAUUCGUCACCUCCGAUAAGUCAUAUACAAGAAACUGCAGAACCUUCAAUUCCACCACAACCGCAACAGACAAUUCAACAACCACAGCAACCGAAAUCAAGUAUCAGUUUUCGAUUAGGUCGUUAUCAAAAUCAAAAUAGGAAUACCAGUCCAAAUUCUAUGGAUGAAUAUUGUAGUUUUACGAAUAAUAAUAAUUCUACCUCAAACAGUCCAGACAAUAACAGUUUAACUGAUACAGAAAAAAAUCUCAGCAGAAAUAGUACUACGAAUUCAACAUUUGUAAAUGAUCGUAAUCGAUUGAAUAUGCAAAGUAAUUCACCAGGUAGCGGUGGUGGAGGGAAUACAAUAACUCCAAAUAGUGCCAAUUCAUCAACACAAAAUUCUCCUAGUCAUUCGAUACAAAAUCAAACGUUAAAACAACGUAUUAAUAGUUUAGUGAUGAAAACAUUAGCGGAAAAUAAUUGUAGAGAUCGUACAUUGAAUAGUAACGUUGCCAAUUGUGGACCGGGUGUAUUAAGUGGUUUUAAUGGAGAUACAUGGAAAAUACGUAUAUUCCAGAAUACACGUGUUAUUGCGAAUACGAAAGAAUGCUCACAAAUUAUUGAAGAUUUAUUCCAGCAAGCUAAAAAUUCUAGAAAUGAGAAAUUUGUAGUUGGUUUUGAUUGUGAAGGUAUUAAUUUAGGUAUAAAUGGACAAUUAACAUUAUUCCAAAUUGCAACAAUGCAAGGUUUUGCAUAUAUUUUUGAUUUGAUGACAUGUCCAAGUAUGAUUGAUUAUGGAUUACGAAAAUUAUUAGAAUCUGAUGCAAUCACAAAAGUGAUACACGAUUGUAGAAAUGAUUCUGUCAAUUUAUACAAUCAAUUUGGUAUUACAUUGCAAAAUGUAUUUGAUACUCAGAGUGCUCAUGCUGUAUUACAAUUCCAAGAAACGUCAAAACCUGUGUAUAAAGUUAAAAAUGUAUCAUUGAAUGCAUUGUGUGAAAUAUAUAAUGCACCAGUCAAUCCAAUGAAAGAACAAUUGAAAAAUAUUUAUAGACGUGAUCAACGAUAUUGGUCUCGACGUCCAUUAAGCAGAGAUAUGAUUUUAUAUGCUGGUGCAGAUGUUUUAUGUCUUGUUAGUGAUCAAUUGUAUUCUCCCAUGAUGAGAUCAAUUAAACCCGAAAAUGUGCAAUUAUUUAAUGAAUUAUGUGAGGAACAAAUUUUUAUGAAUAUUCGACCAAAUGAUGUGAAACAAAGAAAACGGCAACGUAAAGUUGAAAAUGAAGUAUCUGAUUUAAAACAAAAAUUAGCACAAACAAAUAAGAAUAUUGUGCUAUCCAAUAGAGAGAUAAGACUUUUAAGAUAUUUAGAUUUAACCGAAGAAGAAAAAGAAAAGUUAAAAGGAUCUUAUAAAGUAGCCAGAAAAUUAGAGAAAUUAGAAAAUUUAGGACAGGAUCGGGAUAAUUCUGAUUCCGAUGAUGAAGAAAUGAAUGAAGAGUAUCCAAGUUUGGACAGCUAUCCUUCAGAUAAUUCUCUAACAGGUGUAGUAUCUCCACGAAGCUCAGAACCAGCUAGUUUAACGGAAUCCAUGCAACUGAUGGAUGAAAUAUUAUCAGAUGGUAAAAUGGAUCGUUUUGAAAAAAUAGAAAAAUUAGAAGCAAUAUUGAGUGCAGCCACAUUGUUGCCAUCAGAUGAUCUCUCACCAGAAUCUAUAAUAUCAUCGUACGCAGCCCAAACAACAAAAUCAAACAAUUGUACAUGCAAUUGUCAUGCAAAUAGCGCUGGUAGUCCCAAACAUAUAAUAUCAUCACCAACAAAAUCACAUAAUAAUGAUGUUAAAAUGGCAGUGAACGAUGAUAGUAUUGAUAUAUCAAAUACAGCAACAAAUAUACAAAUGGAUGUACAAAGUGGUACAAAAAUUGUAUCGGAGGCUGCAUGUCAAACAUUAUCCACUGGUGAUAUUGUUAUCACAAAAAUAUUCUUCCGUGAAGAAGAAAAAGAAUUUGAGAAAACACUUGUAGCUAGUCCUAAAAAAAUUUAAUUCUAAUUUUAUAAA